CACCUGCUGGAGUUAGUAAUGGCGGUCGCCCUGUCCACGGAUCUACUGCCAGAGCUUCUGUCAACUCUGCAGAAUGACGAUAGAGCUAUCCAUAUUCGAGGUGAGAUAAAAUCAAAGCUCUGCUCCGUAAUUACUGAUUAUGACGUCAUAGUGGACCGCUGGCCGGACUACACAGCAGUGGUUGCACGGGUCAAUGCUGCCACAGCCAAGUACCCUGUUCACCUCGGCCCUCUCGUCAGCGUCUUUACGACACAAACGGCACGACUGGAAACGCUGCUGCGACAACCCGACGUGCUGGACUGGUCAGCUAGGAUCAUAUUUGUGUGUGUUGAUAUGACCGCCAUGCCGGAUGUGGUCAAGGCCAUCGGUUAUCAACACAGAUCCUAUACAGUGGACACAUACCGCCUGAUGACCGUCACACGGGCCAGGCUCCGAGUCAGGUACCCACAACAUAUACUUGUAUACAUACUCUAGGAACAAGGUUAAGCGCCCCCUGAAAAAUUGUGAAUCAAUGUCGAGCGACCGCGAAAAUAAUUGGUAAAAUCAGUUAAGCAUACUAAGAUUGGUAGAGCUUCUGGAGCGCUAAUUACGGGCAUAAACGAUCUAUCAAUCAAAGCUAAAUUUAGCACUAUUUGAAAUUAUUCCGAACAUUUGACGUAAUUCUUGUUCAAAAUGAUUCGUAGCAGAUUGUCUCAUGGCGAAAUGUGUUGAAUAAUAGCCAUGAUUUAUGUAGAAUGUCCUUCAAAGCUGUUCGUCGUCAGCUCGGAUAUGAACAAAUUAAUGUGGUAAAGGAACGUCCUAGGUCUGGACGGUCUCAUGUGACGUCAGCAAGCAUGCUCUGUUUCGUUAGGAGACAAGCCACAAGCAGCUGUCUGGAGGAGAACUGGAUCCCUUGUCAUCGAGGACAUUGAGAAUCAGCAGGUUUGAGAUCAAGGAGGGUAAUCAAGCAUCCAAAACUGCCAGACUGUCUUCGCAGAAACCGUUUAGUUUGGUGUACAAUGACACGUAGCUGCAAGCCGAAGACAUGGAGGAAGAUUCCCUGGACGGGUGGGAACAGUUUCCUGUUGAGUGUGACAGACUGGGGUAUUCCCCCUUAACCACCCGUCUACAUGGACGACAACCAUUCUAGGCAGGUAACAGAGGCCUCCAACUCAAACGCGUCCAUCCGUGGCUCAUCGUGAGUCCAUUUCUCAACCUGAGGGAACACAUCCGGGACAUAAUGGUUCGCAAGACAGAAGCUGAACCAGCCAGCAGCACAAGCAUUGCCUGAACCAACCAGCAGCACAAGCAUUGCCUGAACCAACCAGCAGCACAAGCAUUGCCUGAACCAACCAGCUGCACAAGCAUUGCCUGAACCAACUAGUAGCACAAGCAUUGCCUGAACCAACCAGUUGCACAAGCAUUGCCUGAACCAAUCAGUAGCACAAGCCUUGCCUGAACCAACCAGCAGCACAAGCAUUGCCUGAACCAACCAGUAGCACAAGCAUUGCCUGAACCAACCAGCAGCACAAGCAUUGCCUGAACCAAUCAGCAGCACAAGCAUUGCCUGAACCAACCAGCUGUACAAGCAUUGCCUGAACCAAUCAGUAGCACAAGCAUUGCCUGAACCAACCAGCAGCACAAGCAUUGCCUGAACCAACCAGUACCACAAGCAUUGCCUGAACCAACCAGCAGCACAAGCAUUGCCUGAACCAACCAGCAGCACAAGCAUUGCCUGAACGAACCAGUUGCACAAGCAUUGCCUGAACCAACCAGUUGCACAAGCAUUGCCUGAACGAACCAGCAGCACAAGCAUUGCCUGAACCAACCAGUUGCACAAGCAUUGCCUGAACGAACCAGCAGCACAAGCAUUGCCUGAACGAACAAGUAGCACAAGCAUUGCCUGAACCAACCAGCAGCACAAGCAUUGCCUGAACCAACCAGCUGUACAAGCAUUGCUUGAACGAACCAGCAGCACAAGCAUUGCCUGAACGAACCAGCAGCACAAGCAUUGCCUGAACGAACCAGCAGCACAAGCAUUGCCUGAACGAACCAGCAGCACAAGCAUUGCCUGAACCAACCAGCAGCACAAGCAUUGCCUGAACCAACCAGUAGCACAAGCAUUGCCUGAACUAACCAGCAGCACAAGCAUUGCCUGAACCAACCAGCUGCACAAGUUUUGCCUGAACCAACCAGCAGCACAAGCAUUGCCUGAACCAACCAGCAGCACAAGCAUUGCCUGAACCAACCAGUACCACAAGCAUUGCCUGAACCAACCAGCAGCACAAGCAUUGCCUGAACCAACCAGCAGCACAAGCAUUGCCUGAACCAACCAGUAGCACAAGCAUUGCCUGAACCAACCAGCAGCACAAGCAUUGCCUGAACGAACCAAUUGCACAAGCAUUGCCUGAACCAACCAGCAGCACAAGCAUUGCCUGAACGAACCAGCAGCACAAGCAUUGCCUGAACGAACCAGCAGCACAAGCAUUGCCUGAACCAACCAGCAGCACAAGCAUUGCCUGAACCAACCAGUAGCACAAGCAUUGCCUGAACUAACCAGCAGCACAAGCAUUGCCUGAACCAACCAGCUGCACAAGUUUUGCCUGAACCAACCAGCAGCACAAGCAUUGCCUGAACCAACCAGCAGCACAAGUAUUGCCUGAACCAUCCAGUUGCACAAGCAUUGCCUGAACCAACCAGCAGCACAAGUAUUGCCUAUACCAUCCAGUUGCACAAGCAUUGCCUGAACCAACCAGCAGCACAAGUAUUGCCUGAACCAACCAGCUGCACAAGCAUUGCCUGAACCAACCAGCAGCACAAGCAUUGCCUGAACCAUCCAGUUGCACAAGCAUUGCCUGAACCAAUUAGCAGCACAAGUAUUGCCUGAACCAACCAGCUGCACAAGCAUUGCCUGAACCAACCAGCUGCACAAGCAAUGCCACAUGUUCGGGAAAGUUCUUUGCGAAAUAGACAAAUUCUUCUUCUCCUUUGCUUCUCAAAUUGUUGGCCAAACUUUGUAAGCUGGUGUUUAAAAAUUUGAAACUGUCCAAGAAACGAAAUUGAUCUAUUUGAAACAUGAUGAAGUGUUCCGAAUUUUGACCUAUGCACGUCAACUUUCGAUCGGCAAACAGUUCUGCUGCUUGAAGAAUCAAAUGAUUGUCAUACCUCAAAGCAUUGUCACAAAUGACAUUGACAAAUUUGGCUUCGUU